AUGAUGGCCGGUGGUGGCGGAGCAGCCGUGGAUCAUAACGGGAUAUACUCUAAUCCCAACCUUCACAACCUUCAGCAGCCCCAUAUGGAGGCGGAUAACCCGGACUCCCGCAAACGACCGCUGGAAACUCCGGCUGAGGAGGCCGGGUGUACCAAGCGCACCAACACCGGAGUAGCCUUCAUAUACCCUUUGAACAAAUCUUUGGGAUUAGCUGCUUUACAAUAUGUGACCCUCUCCUGCUCUGUGUGUCUCUCUCCCCCAGAGGAGGGUGAGUACUUCCUGAAGGUGCUGAUCCCCAGCUAUGCAGCCGGCUCUAUAAUUGGCAAGGGCGGCCAGACCAUCGUACAACUGCAGAAAGAGACGGGCGCCACCAUCAAGCUGUCCAAAUCCAAAGACUUCUACCCAGGAACAACAGAACGUGUAUGUCUGAUACAGGGUACAGUCGAAGCUCUCAAUGGUGUCCACAACUUCAUUGCGGAGAAAGUCCGCGAAAUGCCCCAGAGCGCCCAGAAAACCGAACCAGUCAGCAUACUGCAACCACAGACCACUGUCAACCCUGACCGCGUCAAACAGGCUAAACUGAUAGUGCCCAAUAGCACAGCUGGGCUGAUCAUUGGCAAAGGUGGAGCUACAGUGAAGGCGGUGAUGGAGCAGUCAGGGGCUUGGGUGCAGCUCUCCCAGAAGCCGGAGGGCAUCAACCUUCAGGAGCGAGUGGUCACCAUCAGUGGCGAGCCUGAGCAGAACCGUAAGGCUGUGGAAAUCAUAGUGCAGAAGAUCCAGGAGGACCCUCAGAGCAGCAGCUGCCUCAACAUCAGCUAUUCCAACAUCUCCGGCCCAGUAGCCAACUCCAACCCCACCGGCUCCCCCUACGCUAACUCGGCCGAGGUGCUGCCCAACGCAGCCGCAGCAGCUGCUAGUGCCUCCAGCCUUCUGGGCCAGGCUGGCUUGACAGGAAUGGGCGCCUUCCCUGCCGCCAUGUCUAGUUUCUCUGGCAACGAUCUGCUAGCCAUCACCUCAGCCCUCAACACGCUGGCCAGCUACGGCUACAACACCAACACCCUGGGCCUCGGUCUCAACCCUGCAGCUGCUUCCGGAGUCCUCGCUGCGGUAGCGGCCAGUGCUAACCCGGCCGCCGCUGCUGCGGCUAACCUCCUGGCCUCCUACGCGAGCGAUGCUUCCAGCAGUGCCGGCCACCCCGCCGCAGGCCUUGGUGGGUUCUCCCUAGGUUCUCUCGCUGCUGCCACAGGGGCUUCCAAUGGUUACCUAAAUGCUUCAUCCCCACUGAUGGCCUCCUCCCUAUUGGCAACAGAGAAGCUGGCGGACGGGGCCAAGGACGUGGUUGAGAUUGCUGUGCCCGAGAAUCUGGUUGGUGCCAUUUUGGGGAAAGGAGGGAAAACACUGGUAGAGUACCAGGAGCUAACAGGAGCCCGCAUCCAGAUCUCCAAAAAGGGAGAGUUCAUCCCUGGUACUCGGAACCGUAAAGUUACCAUAACAGGGUCGCCAGCCGCCACGCAAGCAGCGCAGUAUCUGAUCAGCCAACGGAUCACUUACGAGCAAGGCGUGCGUGCUACCAACCCACAAAAGGUGGGCUAAAUGGAAAGAGAAGAGGAAAGAAAGAAAGGAUGAAGACAGAGAUAGAAGGGAAUCGAGAGGGUCACCGACGAAAAAAAGAAACGUCCAAAUAUCUGUUCAAUAUUUCAGUAUCAAAUGAGAGAAUCACAAAGGAGGAGGUGGGGGAGACAACCAAGAUAAGUGUGUGUGAUAUGUGAAUGUGUUUUUAGGACUGACGUCCUGAUGUUUUUUAAAAGUUUGUGUCGAGUCCUUUUGAUGACGGUGAUCAGAGUAAGCUGAACUGGUCCACUGCCAAGCUGCAGA